AUGGAGGCAGUGAAGAAGUGGACAUCAGACUGGAAGUAUCCCACUAUUCUGCUGUGCAUCUAUGGAUUCUUCAGCACAGUUAAACCACUGGAGCCUUUUCUCAUCCCAUUUUUGACAGGACCGGAUAAGAAUCUGACAACUGAGCAGGUCAACAAUCAAAUUUUCCCAGUGUGGACAUACUCCUAUCUGUCCGUGCUAGUGCCGGUGUUCCUUCUCACAGACUGGCUGCGUUACAAGCCUGUAGUGGUGUUUCAGUGUGUUAUGCUCUUCAUCACCACAGCACUGCUGCUGUGGACAGCAAGUGUGCAAGCCAUGCAGGCUACGCAGUUCUUUUACGGAGUCGUGACAGCCAGCGACGUGGCCUACUUCUCCUACAUUUACAGUGUAAUAGAUUUGAAAAGAUACCGGAAGGCCACCUCUUACAGCCGCAGUGUCCAGCUCCUGGGGUAUACAGUGGGCUCAGUGUUGGGUCAGCUGCUCGUCAGCUUCGACCUAAUGUCAUACAAUAACAUCCUGGUGUUCACUCUGGUUCUCACUGCCAUCGCUCUCCUCACUUCCUGCUUCUUGCCAAUGCCACAGAAGAGCAUGUUCUUUCAUCGAAGAGGUGGGAAACAGACUGCAGCAGAACAGUCAAACACAAUAAACGCAUCACUGGAAGAUGGAGGAGGUGAAAUGGUGGAGAGUGGAGAAGGGGAGCCUGAUGCUGAGAACCUUGAGGAAUCUAUCGUUACGCAGAGUUGCAGCCAAGUCCUCCUCCAGCUGUGGAGGGAUUUCCGCCACUGCUAUUCCUCUAGACAGCUGCUCUACUGGUCUGUGUGGUGGGCAAUGGCUACCUGUGGGUAUAACCAGACUGUCAACUAUGUGCAGGUGCUGUGGGAGCAUGUGCAGCCUUCUCAGAACUUCAGCAUUUACAACGGAGGCGUGGAGGCAGUCUCCAACCUGUUAAGUGCAGCCACUGCCUACGGGAUAGGCUUUACUGAGGUAAGAUGGGAGCAGUGGGGAGAGCUGGCCCUGGGUGGUUUCUCUGGACUGAGUGCAGCUUCACUGUUCCUCAUGACUUUCACUGGCAACAUCUGGGUCUGCUACAGCGGUUACGUCGUUUUCAAGUCGCUGUACAUGCUGCUGAUAACAAUAGCAAUGUAUCAGAUUGCAGCUGAUCUCUCAAUGGAAAGAUAUGCACUGGUCUUUGGGGCAAAUAACUUCGGAGCACUGGCUCUACAGACGAUUAUCACAUCCGUUGUAGUUGACAGUAGAGGGCUAGGCCUGGCCAUCAUUCCCCAGUUCACCGUGUAUUCCAGCUACUUCUUGGUCAUCUCUGCUGUUUUUUUACUUCGGGGUCUAUUUAGUAUUUGGAGAGCACAAAGAAGCAAAAAAGAGACAAUUCCUCCAGACAAAGACGAAACUCCAGGCAGCGAAGAACACAGAUUCUGAACACGUAUAGAGCGUUAUAGUGUCCCCGUUAUGGUUUUUCAUCCCUAAAUUGACCCCACAUUAGUUCAUAAGCAGCAGAAAAAAAAAGUCUUUAAAUUACUUACUGCAACAUGAUGACUAGAAAUCCUUUUUUUGUACAAAAACAACAAUACAAGAUUGUUUCAUACAUCCAUAUAAAUGAAUGCUUUGGUCAUUUCUUUUUACUUAAAAUUCAUUUUAAUAUAUAUAUACUGUAUAUAUUUACACCUUAACUUAAACUUUUUUAAUACCCAAUGCAAGUAAGUGGUUUUCAGUUCAUCAGCCAUUUCUUUUGACUGUCAUUUGAAGUGUUGCAACUCUGUCAGCAGGGCGGAGACAACGGAGAAAUGAGCCCCACCCCACCCCACCCCACCCAUCCCUGAUGCAGCAUUCAGUCCUUUCCCCCGCCCUUCCCCACCUUGACAACAGAAUAUAUUCAUUUCCUUAGUGAGAACAGGUUAUCUAAAAGGGUCCUGCACAAAUAGUUUGGUUCUUUACAAAUACAGUAACUGGCAGUACCCAUUAGCUUUUCAAAGCAACAGUUCUGUCUUAGCAAAUUCUGUGUGUUAGAUACAAAUACUGAUAUGCACAAAGAGCUAAUUUCCUAAAAGAAAAAAAAAAAAAA